AUGCCUUGCGUUCAGAUAUCUGCCACGCAGCUGAACCUGCUAUUCAGCUCCCAAGAACCACAUAUUGGCGUGGUCACUGCCUUGGGAAACACAAUGUUAGAAAUACAAGGGGACCUCCAGGUUCCAACAGAGCCGCCACUGGAUAUAGAGAAGUACACAGACGAAAACGAUGGCGACAAACGGUUUACUGUCCACGAUGGUGAGCACAUUGUCAGAUUUGGGUUGUUAUUACUUGAUAACGAGAAGAAGAACGCUACUUUGUUUAUUGGUAGGAAACAGAGACUGCUGGGUAAAGUAGUGAAAUUGGAGACACCUCUGGGGUUGUUAAGGUUCAAAGACCACCAAGAUGAAGACCAGCGUGCCGUGGAAAUGCAAGACAUCUUUUACUACAAGAUCAUCUUUAACAGCAGACCACUGCCGAUAAUGUAA